UCGCACUAAUUCGACAACAGUCUUAAGGUGUGUUUGAUCUCGGUACAACUAAUCCAGAGCACUGGAUUUAUUCCAUACAAUGUGUUAGUUUUAUCGUAACAAAAAAUAUGAAGAAAAUUUUGGGAUAUUUUUUACUCGUGUGUGCGAUCGUCCCAAAAUGUACGACAGAAGUAGCGGAGGAAUAUUUGACGAGAAAGCAGAGAGAGAUAAAAGUGGCAAUAGCCAAAUCCUAUAUCAAAGAUCCCUUGCCAGUUGACGUUCGAUCGUACAAAAUUGAAUGGAACAAUUUAUGGGGUAAAUCCUUGGAUUCUGAUAACGCCCUAGCCUUGAAUUUCCUCGACGAAACAUUCGUCCUGGCGAAUGAUCGGGUGCUUCGUGUCGAGAUGGACGUUUCUCAGAGUGUAAUGCUGCGCCAGGUUACCUCAAUAAGUCAGCAAAAGCCAGCUAAAUUUGUCAGAAGUAUCGCCUACAAGAAAUCAUUCUAUCUACUGAUAUGCCAAGUGGACGGUUCAUGCAGUCUCCACGUUGGACCGAACGUGAACGAUUUGCGUUUUUGCCAAAUAAUCAAGCACCGCGGACUUCCAAUGGACGCGAAAUUUUUCACCCAAGUUAACCAACUUUACCUAGUCGUGGCCGAUAAUAGCGGUCAAUUUGCCGUUCCCUCUGUAAUUUAUCGAUGGACCGGCACUUACAUGGACGUCAUAGCGGAGGUUUCGACUACAGGAGCAAUUGCGGUGACAACAAUGAACUACAAGCAUUUUACGAUUGUAAUUUUUGCCCAGAAUGUUAAAGGUUGGCCGAGAAUAGGCACGGAGGUUUUCAAAUUCAAGAAUGGAGCGGUUGAAAGAAUACAAUUUUUAGCCACGGAUGGACCAACGUCGAUCCAUCACUACGAGCACGACACAGAGAUGUUUCUAUUGGUGAUCAAUGAACUAAGCGCCAGUAAAGUUUUCUGGUGGGACGGCAAAGAAUUUCUCACUUGGAUAGAACUGCCCGAGAUAAAAUCACCGACUAAGGUGAACGUGGUUUACGCCGACGGCGAAACUUUGCUGCUAGUCGCUCAACAGAACACUUUCUCGCUUUACAAAAUAAUGAAUCUUGCCUACACUAAAUUGGAUCUGUUGGAAACGAAGGACAGACAUCUGAUAACAGAUUUCAACGCCCGUGUUCAAGGAAAAACGAUAAUCCUCGUUCUGGUUACAAAAUCUCAAGGGAAAUUGUGCCGUGUCGAGCCGUACAAACUGGUGAUCAAAAAAUAUCAUCGUGACAUAACCGACAAAGUCGACGGUACGUUGGAGUACUUAAAGCAGCUUAAGGAUUUACUUAAAAAACGUAUGCCGGCCGUCGAGUUAGCCUACAAUUCGUGGCCAUCUCUUCUGCCUUUUUCGGAAAGCAUCGUUGUCUCUUCCCCGUUGGAUUUCAACGAGUUGAUAAUGGAUUCUGGAAGCAUCGUGAAUCUUCUCCUCGAAGCACCGGCGAAUAUUCUUACGCCUACAGAACUUGCGAUUGGCUUGGCUGAGAUGGAACUUGUGGCAGAUUUUUUGCUGAAAAGUUCGACCGAAUUUAUUUACAGUAAUACGAUUGCAGAGAUCGAGGGAACGAUUGUUGUUGAAGGAGAUGCAUACCUGGAUGAAAUGCACUUGGAUUCAUUGACAGUGAGCAUUUUGAACGAUCAAAAGGUCGAAUUGGAUGACGUAUUUUCUUACACGAGGGAUCAAAAUUUUUCCGCACCCUUAAGAGGCAGCAGCAUCACUAUUGAGAACUUGGAAAUCGCCUCGAUAUGCGGCAUUCCGUUUGCAAAUUGGCUUACGACUAAUAAUCCUGAUCAAACAGCGAUCGACUUUUUUUCGGACAGCGUCAAGAUUCUGAAAGACAAAAUUAUCGUUCAGUCUGAUCUAAUUCUGGACAAUAUCGGUGUUUCGCGACUUAACAAUUUGGACCUGGAAUCAUUUGUUGACGAUUUAUUUAUCAUAGGUUUAAACCAGGAGAUAAAAGGUAGCAUUUUCUACAAACGAGGAUUGGACGUUUACAGUUUAACAAUGAACGCGACAUAUGGGAUAAACGCAAAUCGGUUACUCACAAAGUCGACUGACCAAAUAUUGGAUGGAGAAUUUUACAUGAAAAACUUACAAGUCGACGAUCUUGUUGUGGAAAGAAUUAACAACGUUGACGUGAACGAGGCUGCUAGAAUAUCGAAAGAAAAUGUGAUUUCGGGACACGUUACUUUCCGCAACCUUCGAGUAACCGAAGAACUCUUCGUCGCUGAUGGUGUGUCGGUAAAUUUCGACGUUCGACCGAUUCAGAUGUACGAAGAUGUCGAGAUAAACGGUGACUUGUCGAUAAGGGAUCUAAAGCUGAAUCCUAGUUGUUCGCUUUACUUGAAAGGAGAGAAAGUGGACUUGGAUUAUUUGUUUAAAAAUUACUGGACAAAGUCGACCGAUCAAAUGAUACCCAACGACGUUAAAUUGACUGGAGGAAUAACGAUAGACGAUUUACGAUCCGAUUAUUUGAACGGUUACAAAGAAGACGAUUUUUUGUACACAACCGCAACGGAAAUACCGAAAAAAUUCGGCCCUUUACACUUCAAAAAAUUUGAAAUUGACGGCGCAAUUGUUGUCGAAGAAAAUUUAUAUAAAAAAUCUUACGGUGGCUAA